AACGAGAGAUAGAGAGAGCAAGAGGACGAUGAGUGUGAUUGGAACCAAAAGCUGUAUUUUCUCGGUGACUAUAUAUUCCCGAGGAAAUGAGAUUUCUUCUUGCUUCACUUCUAUCAACAAGAAAUCGUCAAUUGAUCUGAGAUUUCCCAGAAAUCUGGCGGGAGUUUCCUGCAAAAUCUCUGGAGAAAAUCCAAGAACAAAUGGGGUUUCUCUUAGCUCCAAGAACAAAAUGGAGGAUUACAAUACAGCUAUGAAGAGAUUGAUGAGGAGCCCUUAUGAAUAUCAUCAUGAUCUGGGUAUGAACUAUACAUUGAUAAGAGAUGAACUUAUCGUUGGGUCGCAGCCACAGAAACCUGAGGACAUAGAUCACUUGAAGCAGGAACAGAAUGUUGCUUACAUACUUAACUUGCAGCAGGACAAGGACAUUGACUAUUGGGGAAUCGAUUUGGAUUCCAUUGUUCGAAGAUCUAAGGAGCUUGGAAUCCGUCACAUGAGAAGGCCCGCUAAAGAUUUCGAUCCACUUUCGUUGAGAAGCCAACUUCCAAAAGCUGUUUCUUCUUUGGAAUGGGCGGUUUCAGAAGGUAAAGGAAGAGUCUACGUGCAUUGUUCAGCCGGACUGGGAAGAGCUCCAGGGGUUUCGAUUGCUUAUAUGUAUUGGUUCUGCGACAUGAACCUUAACACGGCUUAUGACAAUUUGGUAUCAAAGCGUCCAUGUGGGCCUAACAAAGGAGCCAUCCGCGGCGCAACAUAUGAUCUGGCUAAGAACGAUCCCUGGAAAGAGCCCUUUGAGAGUCUCCCUGAGAACGCAUUCGAGGACAUUGCCGAUUGGGAAAGGAAGUUGAUUCAAGAACGUGUUCGGGCCCUCCGUGGAACCUGAAAAUCAGUAUAGCAUAUAUAUGUAUAAUUUCGAAUAAAAUCUAGACUUCUGUAUAUUCUAAAGCUACUGAUGACUACAAAACCUCUUCUGCGUAUUAAUCCACCUUGUUGUAAUGAACCCUGUGGUUCUUCUUGUCAAUGUCUACAAGUCUAUAUACAUGCACUUAGAUGAAGUA